GGUGGCCAUUUUGGAGUCCACCCGGCAGCUGGUUGCUCCGGCGGCGAGUGCCAACCUGCUGCCGGGACCAAAGCUGGCCACACGGGUGUCUGGCCCAUGGGUAGCCGGACCGACACGAUGUGGCGGCUCCGCUGCAAGGCCAAGGAUGGCACUCAUGUUUUGCAGGGGUUGUCCAGCCGGACCCGGGUGCGGGAACUCCAGGGCCAAAUUGCCGCCAUCACCGGGAUCGACCCCGGCUGCCAGCGAAUCCUCGUCGGAUACCCGCCCGAGUGCCUGGAUCUCAGCAACGGGGAUACCAUUCUGGCGGAUUUGCCCAUCCAGUCAGGCCCGGCUUGGGACAUUCUUCACUUCCCUUCGCUUCCCCUCUGGGAGCCCCUUUCACCGUCCCUGCACCUUGCUUCAGGCAAUGCCUGAGAGGGAGCUGUGGCCAGCCGGGCCUGGCUUGGAACCUGUGACCCGCAUCAGCAGCUGCGACAGCAUGAUGAGCAUCACCUCCACCCACUCUGAAUCUAGUGACAGCAGCUACGACUUCCUGUCUGCUGAAGAGAAGGAGUGUCUGCUCUUCCUGGAGGAGACCAUCGGCUCCUUGGACACUGACAGCGGACUGUCCACUGACGAGUCUGAGCAAGCCACAACUCCCCGAGGUCCCCGGGCACUGCCCAUAACCCAGCCUGCUCCCCAGGGACGUUCAGAGGAGACGACCAUUCAGCAAGGACCACAGCCAAGGAGAGUGACUCAGUCCAGCUCUCCCUAUCCACCUGAGCUCCAAGGCCUGGGCCUCAGGUCUGGCUCCUACAGCCUCCCCAGAAAUAUCCACAUUGGCAGGAACCAGAACCUCGGGAGAAGCACCAUCCAGACUAACAGCCACAUCCUGGGGGAGUCUGAGGGACUUGCCCCAGAGCCUGAGAAAGAGCAGGUCAGUCAAAGCAGUGGGCCCGGCCAGGCUCUGACCGGCCCCCGGGAGGCUGCCAUAGAUCUGGACCCAGCGCUCAUCCCGCCACCAGAGGCUUUCCGGGACACCCAGCCCAAGCAGUGUGGGAAAGGCAGCCUACCCAAAGGGCCAGGGGAGAAUAGCCACACACCCCAGCUCCACAGGUCACUCGGCCCCCAGAAGAGAAAGGAGACAUCUUCAGAGGCCAUGUCCCAAAAAGCCAAUGAGAAAGACUCAAUGGCACAACCAGGACAACCCCGGCCUCUUCCUGCCAUGUUGUCUCAAAAUAUGAGAGUUGAAGAUGCUCCCAUCCCAUCAGGAGGGGAUCCAAAUGCCCAACUGGCUCCACUCACAGCCCCUAAGCCCCGGAAGCUUCCCCCUAAUAUUGUUCUGAAGAGCAGCCGAAGCAGUUUCCACAGUGAUCCCCAGCAUUGGCUGUCCCGCCACUCUGAGGCUGCCCCUGGAGAGUCCAGCCUGGUCGCCUCUUCACUGCAGGAGCAGAGGAAAGCCCGCAGAGAGGCGCUGGAGAAGCUCGGGCUACCCCAGGACCAAGAUGAGCCCAUCCCCCACUUAAGUAAGCCCACCAGAUCCCUCAAAGCCAAGCAGCCUGGCGUGCUGCCCCCUGCCCCAGCCCCAGCCCCAGCUGCCAUCUCCGCAGCUGUGCCAGCCGCAGGACAGGCUCCAGCUUCUGCUCCAACUCGGGGACUUUCUCCCGUGAAGGCUCUGGCUCCAGCUCCGGCUCCAGCUCAGGGAUCUUCUCCAGGCAAGGUUUUGAUUCCUGCCCAGGAACCCACUCCAGGGCAGGUUCCAGCUGCCAAAUCCAUGCCAAUUCCUAUCCCUAAGGCCCCCAGGGUAAAUAGUCCCCUGACUCAGCCAAGGCCAGAUUCAGGGCUGACUCUCCAGGAGAGCAACAUCCCUGGCCUGAGACAGAUGAACUUUAAGUCCAACACUCUGGAGCGCUCAGGCGUGGGGCUGAGCAGCUACCUCUCCGCUGAGGAAGGUCCCAGCCCCCAAACCAGCACCUCCCUGGGAAGAGGCUCCUUCCUGAACAAGAUCUCGCCCAGUGUCUUACGUAAUUCCCGGCCCCGCCCUGCCUCCUUGGGCACGGGGAAGGACUUUGCAGCUAUCCAGGUGGGAAAGUUGGCUGACCUGGAGCAGGAGCAGAGCUCCAAGCGCCUGUCCUACCAAGGGCAGAGCCGUGACAAGCUGCCUCGACCCCCCUGUGUCAGUGUUAAGAUCUCCCCCAAAGGCGUCCCUGAUGAACAUCGGAGGGAGGCUCUGAAGAAGCUGGGACUGCUGAAGGAGUAGGCACUGCCCCAGUGCCGCCAGCACCACCUCCUCCCUGCCCCCCGCCAUAUAAGAGGAGACUCAGGGCUCCACUCAGGAGCCUUUCCCUCCUCACGACUGAGGGCUUGGGCAGGGGUCAGCUUCUCUCCGAUGCUCUCUUCUCUCUUGAGGUGAAGCAGAGGGAGAGAUUUGAGUCCAAGCAAACAUUUUUAUUCAGAGUGGUUGUGCCGAGUGCCUGCACGAGUCAUCCUGAAGAUGAUUUCUACAAGAGGGUGUGUGUGUGUGUGUGUACGUGGAGGUGUGUAUUAUAGGCUGUGUAUAUCACUGAAGCUAUUUAUACGACACAAGGAGUCAUUGCUCUGAGUUCUGCUUUGUUGGAGAUUUUCUUACACUGGGUAGAGUUCAGCCUAGCCAGAACUGAGUGGAGAGCAGUCACUAAGCCUGAGAAAAAAAGUCACAUGAGAUAAUGUCUGUGCCAGGGUCAUUAGGCAAGUACUGGAUCCCACAAAAUGUGGGUCUCCCAGAACGCUGCAAUGGAUGGGGACUGGCUUAUAUGUUGCUGGAUCCGUCUCUCAGUUCUGGCCUUCUGGACAGGGUCUGGGGCCAAGAGGAGUUGGUUUGUUAUCUCUUCCCCCACUGCCUUCUCACUGUCCCCAGUCCCAAGGAUAGGACACAUUCCUGUAACUAAAACUCUUAGUUGACUGAGAGCAGAAGAGCUCUUGUUGGUCUGAGAAGGCAAGAUAAGUGACCACACAGGCACACCUCCACUAGGGAGGGUCCUUGUCCCUGGGCUUGAUAAACUCAGUCAUAUGCUGUGCGGUGGUCCCUGACUCUGAUACUCCUGUUCUUCUGGCUCCCUAUCUCAGUCUGCACAUGACUGACCCCAGGGAUGGGCCAACACUGAUGUAGGAGCCCAAGGCCGAGGCUUUAUAAAUACCAAAGGACUGUUCCAGUCUGUGUUCAUGCUGCUCCAAGUAGUUUUUUAAUUUCUUCAGUUCCUAUGAGAAAUCAACACAAUGCAUUCUCUGCUAGUUAUUCAUAGAAUAUCAGAGCUGGGAGGGACCUUAGAGACGCUCUGUCCAACUCUAUCCAGCUGGGGAAGGGGAGUGACUCAUCCGUGGUCACUCUGCCGUGUGCUAACAGAGCUGGGGCUCCUGCCUCCCAUUCCACGCUGCACGCUGCCUCUCCUCAAGCAGUGUUUUUGCAUGUCCACACAGCACCCCAAGGACCAAUAGUCACUAUCAAAGGCUCAACCUUAAGGCCCUUCAAGAUGCUCGACUGUCUUCUGAAACGCCAGAGAUUAAAUAUUGUUCAGGAUCAUAUUUGGUGUUGUGUUUUUUAAUUUUAUCUUUGGAAAGUAGCAAUAUAGUAACUCAUUAUUAACCCCAAAUUCCUUGAGAACAACUUGAGAAAAUGUCCACAGAGGGUAACAUAGGUAGGUGGUGUGAGCUUGUGAAUACAAGCUUGGAGAUCAGACAUGGCUAGACAGACCCCUGCUUCCCCUUAGGAAAUAAAUGUUAUUCAUGCCUGUGACCUGGUUGGAGUCCAGGAUCCCCAGAUAUGAGGGACAGAUAAAGGGAACCAUUGCUGGCAAGGUGCCCUUUGGGUCUGCUGAGCAUUUCUGGGCUGUGACCUUGGGGACCCAGCACCGUCAAAGCUCAGUCUUUCAGAAAAUGUUGAGAUGGUUAAGGUGAGGACAACAAAUGGCUCCACCCUGAUAUGGUACGUGGGAUGAGGGUGUGACAGUUUCUAUGUACACUCUCACACACACCCUGAAAGCCUGGCACCUUAUUCCUGGUCCUAGGCGAAGACCUGGUCUGUCACAGCUGACAGGGACUCCUACAAAGGGCCAAGCCACAUCUUAUCACAGACUCCCCAAAAGAGGGAAGGCCCCCCUCCUGAAGGACCAAUUCAACAGGCUGUAUUUGGUUGAACUGUUUCAUGUGUAUAUUUCAGGACACACCAUGAGGAGCAAUCACUUUAUUUUUUGUUAAUUGCCCUGAUAAAGAAGGAAGCUUGGGGCUAGCUGUAAGGUAAGACUUGGUAGGUAUCUGGAGCCCUGGCAUCAACACAAGGCUGGCCAACAUGGCGUAAAGUUCACUUUUCUCCGAGAUGAAAGUUACAUCCAGCCUGCCCUUCUGCUCUGCGUCCUCGUUCCUAGUGGCAUGCCCAUUUCCCCAAUUCUCCCAAUUUGAGAGGUUCUCUUCCGUUGUUACUUAAAGAUACCAUGCUUCCCCAUGUCCUCACCCUUCAAAGAGCAUUUUUGCUGUAAGAAUGGUGUUUGGGAUUCAAGAAUAGGAUAAUAAAUCCAAAUCCAGUUGUCUCCAUCUUGAAGAGGGGCAAGUGGACCCAGUGAGAAUGUCCCCAUCCUGAACUUUAUCUGUCCUCCCAUAUCCAUAAAGGAUUGCUCUUCCUUCAGCUUAGACUGAUCAGGUGGAAGGUGAGAGUGGGGUCAGGGUUGUCCUCACCUGUUUUUGAAGGAUUUUGGAUGGAAGUUUGUAAAGGCCAUUCAUUCGAUUUUAAAACGUAAAGUAGCAAUUCUACUUCAAUUGGCCUGUAUCUCUGCUGUACCUGCUGCAAUCUUGCUGCCACUGGGAGCAAACCAGGUGCCAGAUAUAGGAGGUAGCGUCUGCUCAGCCUAGCACAGUAGUUCUGAGCCCUCAGAUGUGUUGGCAGCUGCUUCUCUGGAUCACCACUCAUGUGCUAUCCUGAGAGUUCUCCAACUCAGUGGGGCAGACCCACGUGCUGGCCUACACAGAGGCCAGGGGAUGGGCCCAGGCACCUCUCAGGUGCCUCCUUCCACAGUGGGAAGUGUGGUCUGGCAGAGACCACUUUGUAAGCUGGGGGUCGGCAGGUGUGCAAAAGCUGAUGUCUAUUCCCUGGAAGGCAGGACAGGUGAAAGACUGAAGAGAAGGCCCUAGGUGAUGUUACGAGUUAGAGCUGGAAGUGAAGAUUUAAGAGCCUACAAUAUAUGUAAGCGUGUGAGAUGAACCACUCCACCCCUUGAUCCAUGAUCAUACAUGUAGGAAGAAAAGGAUCGUGCUGUCAGAAUAUGAAGCUAUAGGCUCAUAGAUUAGAGGAGGUGGGGACCAGGGGGAUGAGCAGGAGAAAUCAUGUCCAUCUCAGUCAGAAUCUAAGGAGGAAUGCAGCUAAAAUGCUCCCAAGCUCUCUUCCUCACGUGAGGGACUGUGGAGCAUAACAGAUCUGAGCUCAAUUCCACCUCCCUCACUUAAUAAUCAGGGAACCUGGGACUCUAACUUCCUGAGCCUCAGAGAUCUCCUCUGGAAAAUGGGGUAGCACCAUCCUUUCAAGAUUGGUGGGAUGAACAAGUGAUAUAAAAUAUGUAAAGCUCAGUGCUUGAAAUAGUGUAGAUAAUAAAGGAUAGUAUUGUCUUCUGGGUCUUAUUCCUUCCUUCUCAAAGGGAGCAAAUGUAGAAAGGGUUGGAAGCCACGAGUUCACCCAAUUCAGCUCUGAGACGAAAGGGGAGAGGUCUUGCUGCGAAUAAUAGUCCAAAGCAACAGCUAGGCUUUGGCACGUUUUCUAGGUGACUCAACUUCACCCACGCCGUGAUUCCUGGAAUUUGAAAAGAAAGGGAUCAGUGUGAAUAUGGUGUUUGUGUCUCAGUGAAGGCUGAACCAGCUUCCCUGUUCCAAAACCCAGCUUCCCCUUUACCAAUCUUUUGCUACCCAUGACCAUAUAGUUUGCUUCUUUUUGCUUCCUUUAACUUCCUUUUGCUGUGUGGUUCAGGGAACUAAAUGCUAUUGUAUAGUUACUUAUUUUAAGAUGGAAGAAAAGAAUAAACAUAUAAUAGGAGGGAACUCUGGCUAAAAUCAGGGAGAGAUAUCUGGGGCAUUUUUAAAAAGUAGGGUGGGCAUCUUUCAGGAAUCAAUCAGGCAUUAGUUAGCAGGAGGCAGGAGGGGAUAGUGGACGACCUCUCCCAAUCCCUUCUGACAUAGGGGCCCUGUGAAUUGCAGGAGUCAUUGCCAUCACCACGGCCAUCACCAUCAUGAUUGUCACUGACUUAGCAUACAAGUGAGCUAAACAUAGGUGACAUUCCAAUUCUAGGCCCUCCUUCCCUCUUGCUCACUGCCUACCUGGAUCGUUAUCCUUUAUCACCACUUGCUGUGUAUCCAAAGUUCAAAAUAAUCUGAAGCAGGAUGCUAUCGUGGCAAAGCUCGGGACGAGGCGAGGUUUAGUGAGUCACUUCAUCUCACUCAUAGAAUGGCGGACUUGACUGGACUGCCUCCUAGAUCCGUGCCGGCCCUGAUCUUCAUUAGGAAGAUCAACACCCUGCCAAAAAUAAUCACAAUAUAGUCUAAGGUAAAAUACGCCUCACAGAACCCGAGAGCUGGAAGGAAACUUUUAGGCUGUGUACUCCAACCUCCCACCUAAAGAGGAAUUAUGUCUAUAGGUGGAUAGAGAUAUGGUGAGAAAGAUGGAUGGGCGAGUGGGUGGACGGUUCAGGGGGCGGUGGGGGGAGGAAAUUGAGAACACAUAGUGGCCAACAGCACAGGCUCAGGCUGCCAGGCUCUCAGCACCCAGGUUUCCUUUUCUAUUUCUUUCUCUUUGCAUCCUUUAACUUCCUUUGUUGUGUGGUUCAGGGGACUAUAUGCUAUCCUACAGUUAUUAUUUAGUUUAAGAAUGGAAUAAAAAACUGAACUUAAUUAUAACAGGAAUGAACCCUCUAGAGGCAAUAAUAAUCCUUACCUGUUGCAGUUGUUAUGAGGACAGAAUCAAAGGAGGUAAUACGUGUAAAAAACACUUAGCAUAUUGCUCAAUAAAUGCAUUCUAUUAAUAUUA